AUGCUGAGGAUCAACAGUACAUCCAAUAAUCGGAGCUAAAGAAGUAUGACAGAUUUUGAAGCAAAGUACAUCACAGAUUUGUAUUUAGUUUAAAAUUUGCUCUGAUGAGUUCUUUAAAAUUUCAAUGGAACCUAAAAAAUCAAAGAAGGUGUAGAUAAAAGUUUACAGGUGUUAAAAAUCUUUGA